AUGCAGCUACUCUUCAUCGACAACAAAGAACAGUUAUCAAGGAAAGAUUACGAGCUUCGAGAUGCAGCGGCACGCUCACAUGCCGCGACGUUUUCUCAUCGAUACUCGAAAAGGUGGAUCAAAGCAAAAUCAAGAUUACCACCUCGUCCUGGGACGAGGGACACGCGCACCAAGCCCAUCAAGACAGCUGAUCACAAUAACUCACAAGAAGCUGCGAGCACACCGCUUGUGGAGGAUUCUGAGGACACCAACGCUGCUGGUGAGGCUGAUAUUGACGCUGAUGCGGUUUGGUCUGCCGCUGAGAUCAUGCUUAUGCUAUUGCCACAAAGCAUCCUGAUCAAAGGACAAUCGGAUCCAUUUGACGCAUCCCCAGUUCGAAUCGAUUCGAAGGCCCACGAACUCAUCUUGUACUGGAGAAACGAAUAUCUCUUCCCACGACAUCAUGUGAAUGCGAAGACAUGGUAUCAAAGUGCGAGCGCAGUCUCGGAUUGGCAAGAUGCACGAUGGUCUCUAUCGGAUCACGGUCUCGGAUACGCUCUGCUCGCACAAGUGAGCGCCUCGAUAGCCCUAACGGUAGAAUCGAGACAACAUCUUGAACUGGCACUCGUUUACUUACACCGAAGUACUGUUGCUCUUCGAAUGCGACUCGAGAACAGAAAAGAAGACUUGGACUCUUUCAGACUUUUCCGACAUGUGGCUCUGCUGCAAGGCGUCUCAACAUUUGCCCGCAAUCGGACGGCUGCAGUCACUCAUGGGGAAAUGCUCAAGCGUCUAUAUGACGCAUGGCUCGCUCGAGAAAAGAGAUUCGAAGUGAAAAUAUUGUUGUUGACCUUAUAUGCCGACGUACAUAUGGCCACCACAUUUCUGGUUCGACCACACUUCAAGCCCUCAGAGAAGCUAAUUAAGGCCUUCUACGAAGCUAGUGGUGCUCCACCCAGAGAAGAGUGCAACGUGCCCAUCAGCCUCACGCAACGUCUAAACGGUCAGAUAGUAGACACGAAAUCGGAGGACGUUAUUCUCAUGUGGACCCAAACUCUCGCGAUCACAUCUUUCUAUGGCCGAAGACUAUGGACCUUCAUGAAUCAAAUCGAUCUGGUCAAUCGCAUUUUAGAUGCCGAAGACAAGGCCAAUCGACAACAUGACCCAACGAAUGCAACUUUCUUUCAUACACAAGCCUACAUCUUGCUGGCAGCACUCUUCUUCAUCCGUCUAUCUACUAUGCCGGAACAUUUUGUCACAAAAUCCCACUUCUCUGCUCAUGCAGCUCUUCUCAGCAGACUGCGCUACCAUCUCGAAAUCAGUGACAGCUUGAAAGAUUGGCACGUUUACUCGCAGGCAAGAUUAUGGGCGUUGUUUGCUGGCGCACAGUCUGAAUAUCAAGCAGCUCUAUUAAAUAAGCAACCCCGUGCUUUGGCGUCUCAAGGCUGGUUCAACAUACAAUUGGCGAAGCAGUCAAGGAGGUGUGAACUGCUGACUUGGGUCAGUGUCAAAGAAGUACUAGAAGGCUUCAUGUACUUCGCAAUGGUGCCGGAUCCGUCUGAAUGGUAUCGUGAGCUGAUGAUGGUUCAGUUGACUGUGGGGACGGAGAGCCGAUCCCAGUAG